AAGGAGUGGUGAAAAUGGACGGAGACGGUGAUAUACCAGCGUUACUGAAAGAAUAUCCUUUAAAUUAUCCUUGUGGGAAGAGAAGAGGCAAAGUGUUGAUGUAUCUUGCAGCUGACGUUCAAGAGAUCAAAUUGAAAGAUACCCCUCAAAAAUCUAGGUUGUCACAAAAUGCGCUGAGAAGAUCACCACGUCUAUCUAAGAAAAUGGAUGUAUUUCUUUAUGCAGUUGGUAUUGAUGGGAAGGUAUCAUCAAGUUCAGAGAUUAUUCACAAUGUGUCCACAACAACAACCCUAAAGGAAUUGACUAACCUAAUUCUAGAGCAUAGUAGGGAUGACACUAUAUAUGCACCCACCAAGGGAAUUUGGUGGAUGAGAAAAGGAUCCAAGCAGCUUGUCUCAAUGAAAACUGAAGAGGACUUUCAUGCUGGAGCGCAAGAGUACAAUGAAACCAAUGUGAGGAUUGCAUGUGUUACAAUAGAUGCUGGACCAUCAUCAAGUGUUGGGUCACAAAGUAGAAAGCGCAAGCUGGACAUGAGCCAAGGAACAACAAACCCAGAGAAUGAUACCUGGAACACUAUACACCUAACACUUAUAAGGGAUCUUGAAAGUAAAGGCAUAAAGCACAGGUAUAGCAUAAAACACUUAAAGUUGUGGACAGACUUGAUUGUUGGAGGGCGUCUGUCUGGGAUUGGGGAAGAACCCAACUGGACUGACCACUUAGAAGAGGUUAUCGUACCCCCUAAAAGCAGGAGAAGCUCGUGCACUUCACCAUGUUCCUCCAUAGCCAGUAGUGCAAGUAGUGCAGCAUCUGAUGGCUUGCAAGGUGGACUAUUACAGAUGAUGAUGAUGAAUCAACAAAGAUCUGAAAUGCUCCAUAAUACUUUCAUGACAACUAUGCUAGCUAUGAUGCAGAGCAAGGUUACAGGCAUGAAUCCUCCAAACAGUAGCUUUACAUGUAAUGAUUCUGGGAAUACUUCUAUGCCAUCAAGACCAGCAACAGCAAAGCCACAAAAGAUGGAUCUGAGGAACUUUAAUCAAGAAGAGUGCUGUAAUUUCUUGUUGUCUUUAGGAUUAGGUAAAUACAUCCCCCAAUUCCAGGAAAACCAAAUGGAUGGUCAACUAUUAUCUGCUUUGGUUCACCCCCAUUUUGGGAAAAUGAUGCUAGAAAGCAUGACACUUGAUGAAGAAGAAAGAGAUACCCUAAUAAGUGCUAUUAAAGCUGCACUGGUCUAAUAGACCUAAAUGUUUAUGUGACAGGGUCACUUUCGUGACCAAUGUCAGUAAUUUUUGGAUUACAUAAUUAAGCAUUUGUUUUGUAGUUAAAACUGUUUUACUGCAAAUUUAAGAUAUGAUUUAGUCAAAAGGGCUUAUUUUGUUACUGUCACGAUAUCUUGGGAUUAGAACCUGAGUCAUGCAAUACUCAUGUGAUGUAAUUUCCUGUCACAUCAACAAGCAGAUAAUAAUCUUGUUUGAUAAUUGGAUUUAGUUUAACAUUGUCAAGUUGUCACAAGGACACGUAUUCUUAGGCCUCAACCUAGAACUAGUUUGUGGCAUGUAAUACUAUUUUAAAUUAUUAGGAUUACUAGCAAUUUACUCUAUUUGCUUAAUCAUUUUGUUUCAUAUAGUAUUUAGGAUUUCUUAGCUACUAAUUAGAUUUAAGGCAGGGUCUAAUUGUAGGAUUUAUAGGAAUGCAUGACAUAUUUCCUGUAGGGCUUGCCAUGUUUACAUUUCCUGUGCAUGUUUUGCAGUUAGUAUAAAUAUAGGGUUAAAAUUAGUCUUCCCUUUGAGUUAGUUGGGUGUAGCUCCCCAGUGAGGGCAUAGCUCUCAGAGGAUGCCCCUCUGGUUAUGCUGUAUUGUGCUCGUAAGGUAUGUUAGCUUUACUACUUUUCUGUGGUUGUAUUCAAGAGAUUUUGGUUAGUUUGUUAUAACUCAGCUAUAAUUAUUCUUAUGUUUUACAGAAUGUAACUCAUUCCCGUUUUGACAGUACGGUUUUACGAUACAGUUGUUUAGCAUAUUGCUUUAGUGCAUUUAGUAGUUCUCGCUAUGAAUCAGAUUUAGCUUUCAAUUAGCUUUUACACUUACUUUUUCUGAUAAUGGUCUCUGGGCAACCAUUGCCAUUACUGUAUAUUUGUAAUUAGUUCUAUUGUUAAUGUGUUUUUUUAGGAUUUUGUGUAAUAAACAUUGUUAUAAGACCA